CUUUGGGUGUGCUUGGGUUCGGCGAGGGAAGGGGAUGGGGGCGGGGGGGUCGGGCGUCCGGAUCCCAGAGCCCAGGUCUCAGCCCUUGGUGAGACCCCAGAGUCCAGAGGUAUUGCCACCUUAGAGGGGCUGGAAUGUGCUGAGCGAUCCUCCGCGAGCUCUGGCCGUCGGCCGCUGGAACAAUGGGAGGGCGGCGUGGAGGCGGGUGGGCGUUGGCCAGGUCUCAGCUGGAGGUAGACGAGGUCAGCAGGCUGGGCACCCGGCUGCAGGGUUAGCCCGAGGUGUCGGGCCAAGGGCCGAGAAGUCUAAGCCAGAGGAAUCCGAAGUUGGCGCUGGCAGGGACCCGGGAGGAGAUGGAGGCGGGGCCCGAGCCCACCGGGCUGGGACCGCCGAGGCUAGGAGGCCCCGGGUGGGGUCUCCUCCUCUUCCUCACCCGACCGCUUGUCCCCGGCCUCUGAGCUCCGCGGUGGCUCAGGUGCCUGACUAACAGACGUCUUUGCCCCAGGGAGCUGGUGUGAACAGAGGAGGGGCGUGCUGGUCACCAUGACAACAGAGACAGGCCCCGAUUCUGAGGUGAAGAAGGCACAGGAGGAGGCCCCGCAGCAGCCUGAGGCUGCCGCUGCUGUGACAACCCCUGUGACCCCUGCAGGCCACGGCCACCUGGAGGCCAACUCCAAUGAGAAGCAUCUGCCCCAGCAGGACACUCGGCCUGCUGACCAGAGCCUAGACAUGGAAGAGAAGGACUACAGUGAGGCUGAUGGCCUGUCAGAAAGGACCACACCCAGCAAGGCCCAGAAAUCACCCCAGAAGAUUGCCAAGAAAUACAAGAGUGCCAUCUGUCGAGUCACUCUGCUUGAUGCCUCCGAGUAUGAGUGUGAGGUGGAGAAACAUGGCCGGGGCCAGGUGCUGUUUGACCUAGUCUGUGAGCACCUCAACCUCCUGGAGAAGGACUACUUUGGCCUGACCUUCUGCGAUGCGGACAGCCAAAAGAACUGGCUGGAUCCCUCCAAGGAAAUCAAGAAGCAGAUCCGGAGCAGCCCCUGGAAUUUUGCCUUCACCGUCAAGUUCUACCCCCCUGACCCUGCCCAACUGACAGAAGACAUCACAAGGUACUACCUAUGCCUGCAGUUGCGGGCAGACAUCAUCACAGGCCGGCUGCCCUGCUCCUUUGUCACCCAUGCCCUGCUGGGCUCCUACGCUGUGCAGGCUGAGCUAGGUGACUAUGAUGCUGAGGAGCAUGUGGGCAACUAUGUCAGUGAGCUCCGCUUCGCCCCUAACCAGACCCGGGAGCUGGAGGAGAGGAUCAUGGAGCUACACAAGACGUACAGGGGCAUGACCCCAGGAGAAGCAGAAAUCCACUUCCUAGAGAACGCCAAGAAGCUUUCCAUGUAUGGAGUAGAUCUGCACCAUGCCAAGGACUCUGAGGGCAUAGACAUCAUGUUAGGUGUCUGUGCCAAUGGCCUGCUCAUCUACCGGGACCGGUUGAGAAUCAACCGCUUUGCCUGGCCCAAGAUUCUCAAGAUCUCCUACAAGAGGAGUAAUUUCUAUAUCAAGAUCCGGCCUGGGGAGUAUGAGCAGUUUGAGAGCACGAUUGGCUUUAAGCUCCCAAACCACCGGUCAGCCAAGAGACUGUGGAAGGUCUGCAUUGAGCAUCACACAUUCUUCCGGCUGGUAUCCCCGGAGCCCCCACCCAAGGGAUUCCUGGUAAUGGGCUCCAAGUUCCGGUAUAGUGGGAGGACCCAGGCACAGACCCGCCAAGCCAGCGCCCUCAUUGACCGGCCUGCACCUUUCUUUGAGCGUUCCUCCAGCAAACGGUAUACCAUGUCCCGCAGCCUUGAUGGAGCAGAGUUCUCCCGCCCAGCCUCCGUCAGUGAGAACCAUGACACAGGGGCUGACGGUGACAAGCGAGAGGAAGAUGGCGAGUCUGGGGGGCGGCGGUCAGAGGCCGAGGAGGGAGAGAUCAGAACUCCUACGAAGAUCAAGGAGCUGAAGCCGGAGCAGGAAACCACGCCGAGACACAAGCAGGAGUUCCUAGACAAGCCAGAAGACGUCUUGCUGAAGCACCAGGCCAGCAUCAAUGAGCUCAAGAGGACUCUGAGGGAACCCAACAGCAAACUGAUCCACCGGGAUCGAGACUGGGAGCGGGAGCGCAGGCUGCCCUCCUCGCCUGCCUCCCCGUCCCCCAAGGGCACCCCUGAGAAAGCUAAUGAGUCCCAGAGGACCCAGGACACCUCUCAGCAGGACUUGGUACCUGAGCCUGGAGCAGCCGCAGGCUUGGAAGUAUUCACUCAGAAAAGCCUUGCAGCGUCUCCCGAGGGUUCAGAGCAUUGGGUAUUUAUAGAAAGAAAGUACACUAGGCCAGAAGAACUCUGUCUCCUAAGAGUGGCUCCCACGCAGCAGGAAGAAGGUGAGGCAGGCCUUGCUGAUAUCCUUGCUGAUGGCAGACUCUCCAAGGUGGACGUUCUGGUGGACAAAUUCAAAGUUGAAGUAGCCACGGAAGAAAUGGUGGGAACCAGAAGAGCAAAUACCCAGCAGCGAGGGAGAAUGAUCGCAAGUCCUGAAGACUUUGAAUCAGUGUGGGAAGAAAGCCCCUGGGUCAAGGGAGGCCCAAGAGGGGCUGCUCUGGCUGCAGGCUGCACAUUGGCAGAUAAGUUCAUGGAGGGUACUGAGCUCGGGAUGGAUACCAAGAAGGCAGCCAUCAGGAGCCACUGCAUCUCAGAUGGCCAGCUGGAAGGCCAGACAGGGCUAAGGAAGGGGCUGGUGGAGCUCCAGACCUGUGGGGGACCCACUGCACCAGGGACCAGGCCAGCAGAGGUGGACAUCCCCUCUCCAGCCUCAGACAAAGGAGAACUCCAGUCAUUUCUAUUGGAUCCAGCCCAUGUGGAAGCCAAAGCUGACUCAAGUGAUGAAACUGACACCUCCUUUGGAGAGAGGAGCUUCUAUUUAAACUAUGGAGAGAAAGACCCAGAAGACCAAGCUCUCCCUCCACCCCCGGAGGAGAGAGAAGAGCACCUGGAUGCUCCUCCUGGGGAUGAGACCAGAGUGGAGCUGAAUACCUCAGACCCAAGGAGUUCUGCCAUAGCUUCCAGCAGGAACAAGGAUGAAGCCCACACAGCUUCCUCAGAGAAAGGGGUAAAGCCACCCAAGAGCCAUGAAAGCCCAGAUGAUCUGAAGAGACCCUCCCUGGGGCAGACAUUUGCUGAGGACUGGGAAGAAGCCCAGUGGAGGGUGGAAGGAAAGUUUAUCCACCCAACACCCAGUGCAGCUAAAGAGGUAGAAGGCUCUGUGAGUGGAGAUUUGCCAGGAAAGGCUGAGAAGAGUCUCUCAGCAGAAUUGAAGAACCAGUCACCUGAGAGAAGAGAGGUUGUGCGUCCAAACACCCAGGCCUGCACCCUUCCGUGGGCCAUUCCUCCAAAUGUCAGGAAACCAGCCAAACCAGACAGAGGCAACCUCCUGUCCAAGGAGAGGGGAGUGGGUCACACCCAGGCAGGAAGACCUGGGAUGGAGGACCAUGAGGCAUCAGAAUUUCCUCACAUGGAGGUGAUCAUCCCCCUACCAGCCUCUCCUGGUCACUCGGAGGCUUUGGCAGCUCUGGAGGAAACUUUUCCAAGCCUAGCCCCUCAUGGGUCAGGGAAGCCUUCAGAGCUCAAGAAUCCCCUUGAAGAACAGUCCUCUGUAUUUCUCAAACAUGUCCAUCCUCUUAAAGAGAGCCCAGAACCUAAGGACCGUAUAGGGUUUGUUGACACAGGAAGUGAGCGCAGGGUACCUCCCAUCGCCAGCAGAAAGCCCAGAGUUGUCCUUGAAGAUGCUGAGGGAGUCAUGCCCCUGGAGAAGCAAAAGGAGAUGACCUGUUUCCAGGCCGGUGGUCAAGAGGGCUCCCUGGAAGAUAUUAGCAAGACCUCAGUGGCCAAUAAAAUUCGUAUAUUUGAGACCCAGGGAGCUGAAACUCGCAGAACAAGUCAGGGUGAAACAAGAGCCCUUUCAAAUGAGCUGUCUUCAGAGCUCCCCAUGGGACAGGUAGAGCAACAGCGAAAUAAGCUUUUAGACCUGGGCUUUGUCCAACCCCAGCCCCCAGGGACACAUUCCCCAGGGAUGCCUGUGGCUACCAGACACUUCGGAGAGGGCAUUUCCACUGCAUCCUGCGAGGAAGGACAUACAGAACUAGAGCUCAUGUCCCCUGAUUCAGGCUGUGAAACCACGCUGGAGGAAGCUACUGGGGUAACUGGCCAUAACAAAUCCGGAGAUGCGGUCAGGGAAGAGAACCACUUGACCAGCUUAGCAGCGAACACCCCUGGAAAGGGGGGGCGCCUGAGAUUCGCCAGCCCCUCGGGCCCUCAGAGAGCAGGGCUGAGGGAGGGCUCGGAGGAGAAAGUCAAACCACCACGUCCCCGGGCCCCCGAGAGUGACACAGGAGAUGAGGACCAGGAACAGGAGAGGGAUGCAGUGUUCCUGAAGGACAACCACCUGGCUAUUGAGCGCAAGUGUUCCAGCAUCACGGUCAGCUCCACGUCCAGCCUGGAGGCUGAGGUGGACUUCACGGUUAUUGGUGACUACCACGGCAGCGCCUUUGAAGACUUCUCCCGCAGCCUUCCUGAGCUCGACCGAGACAAAAGCGACUCAGAAACAGAAGGCCUGGUGUUCUCCCGGGACCUCAGCAAGGGAGCCCCCAGCCAGGAUGAUGAAUCUGGGGGCAUUGAGGACAGCCCAGAUCGAGGGGCCUGCUCCACCCCCGAUAUGCCCCAGUUUGAGCCCGUGAAAACGGAAACCAUGACUGUCAGCAGUCUAGCCAUUAGAAAGAAGAUUGAGCCAGAGGCUGUACUGCAGACCAGAGUCACCACUGUGGAUCACACACAGCAGGUUGAUGGGAGUGCCUCAGUGGGGAAGGAGUUCAUAACUACCACUCCCUCCAUCACCACAGAGACCAUAUCAACCACUAUGGAGAACAGUCUCAAGUCCGGGAAGGGGGCAGCUGCCAUGAUCCCAGGCCCACAGACGGUGGCCACGGAAAUCCGUUCUCUUUCUCCGAUCAUCGGGAAAGAUGUCCUCACCAGCACCUACGGCGCCACUGCGGAAACCCUCUCAACCUCCACCACCACCCAUGUUACCAAAACUGUGAAAGGAGGGUUUUCUGAGACGAGGAUUGAGAAGCGAAUCAUCAUUACUGGGGAUGAAGAUGUCGAUCAAGACCAGGCCCUGGCUUUGGCCAUCAAGGAGGCCAAAUUGCAGCAUCCGGAUAUGCUGGUAACCAAAGCUGUCGUAUACAGAGAAACAGACCCGUCCCCGGAGGAGAGGGACAAGAAGCCACAGGAAUCCUGACCUCUGUGAAGAGAUGCUGGCAUUUCUGGUCCAACGCAAGCCAGAGAACCUUUAAAGAAGGGGCCUUCGUUCUGGAUUCUCCAACGCAACACUGAUGUCCCAGCUGCGACGUACUGUCACUGACGAAAGACUGGGAAGGAAAAAGCAUAUAUAUAUAGAUAUAUAUAGAUAUAGAUAUAUAUACAGGAAACACCGCGUCCUUGCCACUGCUGCUGGGGCUGGCAGAGCAGUCGGCCAACAGCAACAACCACCAUCUGAACACCUACUUUCCCUUUGCAGACAAAUUGAAGAAUUGGUGGGAUUUUUCAGGAAAAAAAAAAUUAUAACCAUAAUCUCUCACUCCUCCCCCCUAUCUCCUGCCAAAUAACGAAAGCAAGCCAGACCACAAUGAUUGUAGAAGCCCCACACCGCCCUGGUUCUGCACGUUACCGUUAGUGGACGAGCAUUCCAUUCGUUCUUCUCCAGCAUCUGUUGCCCACUUGAAUGCAAAGGAAAACACUUGUGCAGCAAAGCAAGAGAAGUCGCAGCAGCAAGACGUGCACAGCCAACCAUUUUCUGAGAAAGAAAGAAAAUUCCCCACUUAAGAAGAGGAGAAGGAGAAGGAACACUGGAUUGUUAUUUUCCGGGUCUUGACACUGAGCUGCAAAAUCCACCUUCCUUUCUUCCGCCUCCCCUCACCCCUGACUCUCAUAUGUCCUGUUGUCAUUUUCUGUCUCAGCUCCCUCUUCACCCUCCCCACUGCCCACCCUCCACCCUCUUUGUCCUGGUUCUACUGAGGGCGACUGCAAAUGACUCUCCUUUGAAACAAGAAAAAGAAAAGAAAAGAAAAGAAAGCCAGAACAGAAAACUAAGCCACAGGAAGGGAAGUAGACAUUGUAUGUUUAUGGUUUCUCAUUUUGAAGGUGCAGCUUGUAGGAGAUGUGUGUAUGGAUGUGCUUUUAAGUUAUGUAUAUUACAUAUAACAGGAAGCAAAUAUUAAAAUAAACAGUGCUGGUAAGUAUGAAGCUGACAUUUUAAAAUUAUAAUUAUCUGACUGUGAUUGAAGUAUCCCAAGGUUUCUAGAUCUCACUGAACUGGCCCAGCUAAGGAGACCUGGACUCUGGGUGUGGGUUGGCCCACAGUAGAGGCUGACGGGUUCAGUGUAGUAAUACUGUGUGUGGUGUUUGUAACUGGUUGAUUGGUGGGGAGGGAUAGGGGCCCCAAAUGGAGAGGUGGGGGGUUGGCAAGAAGGAAGCAACACAGUCGUAGUCCCGAACAUGCUGGUCCAAGAUGCCUUCUCCUCCCAGGCAGUAGCAGCCAGGACCUGGUCUGUGCUCAGGCAUUGGGUCUAGACUUAGGAAUCUGCUGCUAAGGUUCCCACAGUAGAGAUCCCUGACUCAGUCCUCCUACCUCCCUAGGGGGCUUGCCUUGCUUUUCAGUUCUCUCUCUCUCUUCCAUGUCUUGCUCUUCCCUGACCACAUUGUGAUAACUAACUCGAUAUCCAAAGGGAGGUGGUGCUCUUGGCCAUGGUAGAAGAUGGUGGCUUUAACCUGGCUGUCUGAAAAUUCCCAGCUCACUCUUUUCUUCUACCCCUUUCCUUAUUCUGAAUCAUUCUCUUCUUCCUGGGCCAAAGUACCAUAGAAAAGAGGCCAUGAACACAGACAGGGCAGAACUUGAUACAUCAAAACUGCACUUCUAAAGGCUUUGCCUGCCCCGGGACAAGCUGAGGGUGAAAGGUGGUGUAGCUUGAAGGUCCAUCUCUAUGUAAGACCUUGGCUUUGGAGACCUCUCCUUCAGUCAGCAUCUGAGCUCUGAGCCUGUGCCUUUAGAGUCUCAGAAAUUGCCUCAAGAUCAAAGGAGGCGUUGGAGAAAACCCUGUGCUUCCUCAGACUGGCCUGCCACAAACUACUUCCCUGACUCAGUGAGUGUCCUUUUAUGAGAAAAACGUCCCACUGUACUGUAAUUCUCAGUUGCAUUUUAUUCCCCAGUCUUGCUUCUAAAGCAGUCGAUAAAUUCAUUCAACAAAUAUUUAUUGUGUGCUUACUUAUGCCAGGCACUAUUCUCAGGUGGAAGGAGAAAGUAGGAGGGGAGUGUGGAGCCUGGGAAGGUGCCUGAGCCAGCCUUAUAUCUCCAACUAUGGCUGGCCCAUCCGAGAGCAUCUCCCUGAUCAGACAUUGCCCAGGGAUGCACCCAGAGGCCCAGGCCAGAUGCACCCUUGGGCUUACUUUUCAGAGAUAAUAUGCACUUUAGCUGGUGCUGGCCUAAGGCAGAGCAAGAAACUAGAAUGUCAUUUGCCUCUCUGGGCUGGGAAGUUCAGUGGGGCUUUCCGAUGGCAGAAUCAGCCCCAUGCCCCAUGCAGCAGGCCAGCACUUUCCAGGCACCAGGUUCUUUUUACAGCCCUGGUGAAAAAGCCACACAACCUUCUUCCUGCCCUUGUAGACUACAGAGCUCCCAUUCUUUCUGGGUCAAGAGCUGGAGUGACUCCAUUCCCUCUGAGCCAUUUGGAAUUCAGCUCAGGCACCUCAUCUUCGCAGGAACCAGAUGUCCUGAGCACACUGGACACACCUCAGAGGGAGGAUCUUUGCUCUGGAUUGUGCACCUGGCUGUACAGCUUCAGGGCAGGGAUGAAGUGACCAGGCUUAGUUUGUGGGCCACCAGGGUGUGGGGACAACUCUGCUCCACAGAUGCUCUGACCUUCCUUUCACAGAGAGGCAGGUGGCACCACCAGGGAGGAGGGGACCUGCAAAACUAAAAUCUAGGGCACUGUUUCCUCCCCAACCUCCUCUUCAUAGAGAAUAGAGAUGUUUGUCUUGUCUGUCUUCAACCUACUUUUCCUAUUUUUUUUUUUUUAAUGUUUCUCAUCCUCUCUGUGCUGCCGCUCCACCCAAGGGGCCACAUAGCAGAGUGGGGAAAGUCCCAGAGGGAUCAUCCUGGCUCAGCCCCCAACUCACCAUGUGACAUUAGGCUAGUCCCAUCACCCUUUGGGGCCUCAGUUUCCCCACUUGCAAAAUGAGAAGGGUAAACCAGAUGCUCUCCAGGGUCUUUUUUUACUCUGCCAUCUUACAUAUCCUCGUUUUCUCUUAUUUUGCUUUCUCUGGAUCUUUUCCAUCUGACGGUACAGAAAGUGCCAGGACCUGUUUCAGUUUUUGAAUCCUGCAAGCACAUUCCAAGACUGACCUGAAAUUGCAUGAGCAACAUCACUCUAAAUAAUUUUUUUUCAAAAGCACCUUACCAACCAAUUGCGAUGCUGUCCUGUUCCUUUUUACUCACACCCCUCUCUCCUCUCUCGUCCCCAUGCUCCCCCACCUCAGUGCUCCGUGCUGUAUGCGUGUGCUCUCUGUUCUUGUAUACUCAAUAAAAGUGAAAUAAAUGUGUUUGAUGCUGAACCA